UGGCCUCACUCCCUUUCUUAUACAGCCCAGACUUUAUCCUUAUUUCAAAUAUCAUCUUGAUGGUACCUGUAACCCUCCUGCCUCUCUGCACUUAGUCUUACCUGGAAAACACCCAAACAUGAACUUGGUUUCUACUGUCACUCCAUCCAAGCAGAUGAAUCCUAAAAUAUGAAGCUGAUUUAUUUCAAAACAAGAGAAGUAACAUUAAAUUAAAGACUUCUUAUAAGUACCCCCGGAGGAAAGGGACUGAGGCACAGUGUCCAGAGCAAGAUCAAAUCUACAGCCAUUAGUUUCCAUCCUGGAAACAAGGAAAAGAGAAAUAACUAAGAUAUACAUUGUAUAUUUUCUGAAACAACCACUAUACAAUUAAUCUUCAUAAGAUCACUCAAAAUGAAGCUUCUAUUAUGGUCCUGCAUCUUGUGUGUUGCUUUUACAAAGUUUGAGAUACUAGGCUUUGAUGAGUGGAAUUGGAUGCUGCUGGAUGGGAAGGAGAUCAAAAGGGCACCUGGAAGAGGAUUAUGGUGGCAAUCAUUACCCACUUAACCCAUCUCUGAAUAUUCCUUAUCCCAUGUCAGACAGGGAUUUUGCUCCUCCUUUUCGUCCUUCAGAGAAUAAAAUCCCCCCUUACCCUGAGAAUCCUGACCCUGAUACAGGGGUGCCCUCAUUUCCCUGGAUUCUCACCUCUCCUGGAGACCCCUUCCACCACAUUCCUAGUUUUCCUGCCACUGCUUGGUGGAUCCCCUCUCCUCCUCCUAGGGAAUCUCUCCACUUUGUCCCUAACUCACAUAAACCCGAAGGACCUUUCUUCUCACUCAAUGCUCCCCUGCCUACUGCUGCUGAACCUUAUGUAGUUAUACCUCAAGUAUCCACACGUGUACUACACCACCUCCAAACCCAGAACCUGUUGCAGUUGACCCUGGGGAGAUUGAGCCUGACGAUGCCAAACCUGUUGCCCCAGAACCUCAGCCUUCCACUUUUGACUAGAUUCCGUUGCAGAAAUCAAUGAGAUCUACAAAUAUUUACUUUCUUUUCCAAAGACUUUUAUUUAGUAUAUUAAAAACACCAGUCUCACAUA